AUGCUUGUGUGCGUGAGUGCGGGAGUGUGCGUGUACAUGGGUGAGUGUGGACUAGCCUGAUUUUUUUUUUCAAAGUUCAAGGACCUCUAGAAAGGGUGGACCCCACAAUACAGCAAGCUACUUUCAGGUCUCCUGUGGGAUAUUAACAAGAAUGUGUGUGUGAGUGUGUGUGUGAAUGAUCAUUAGAUGCAAACAGAAUUUACUGUUGUAGCUUUUGUAGCCAUAUUGGAUUUUGAACUAUGUCACUGACUUUCCCAGUCAGAAUCAAAACAGGAAAUUAUCUGACUUGGAACUGGUGAAUUCCAACUUCAGGUAGAAACAAAUUGCCACCAGUCCUGGUGGUGACUAAUACCAGGAUUGGUACAAAUUGCCAAUCCUGUCAGUAUUUAGCAAACCUUAAAAAGGUGAUAUAAUUUACAUCCUUAAGGGUUUGUUCAAUAUUUGAUUAUUUUAUUGAUUUGUCAAGUUAUUUAAGACUUUACAGAAUUUGAUGUCAAAAUAGAGGAGUAGAAAAAUCCAGGACAUGAUGUCAGCAUGAAAGACAAACAUCCGUGUUUCACUGUAGGAGUACCCUGAGAAAACCUUCAUAUGCGCAGAGAGAACAUCAAACUGAGACCAGGAAGUCUCCCAGUGGGUUUGGCCCAUUUCCCUGUGGACAUUUUUCAACCUAUUAAAUGUUUGAAACUGGAAUGAAUUGAAUGAUGAUUUUAAGUUAUGUCCUUUUUUGGUGAGCUUUAAAAUGUAAAAUAAUACAAUCUUACGCUGUUAUGUGGAUUUAUAUAUUUCAUCAUGAAGAUAUCUUGGUAGGUUGUUUGGUAUAAAAUAGGGUGGGCAAGAAUAAGCUUGGCUUCAGCCUUUUCCUUUUUUGGUAAAUUAUAGGUUUGUUUAUUGUUUUUGAUUUUGUUUUUUGUUUCCUGUGUUUAAUGUGGACAAUUUACCAAAAUAAAGUGAUUGAUGAUGAUGAUUUUGACCCAGAUGAGCAGAAAAACCCUGAAUGUGUCCAUGAUAACACCGUUCUACACAGAUGAAGCUCUGCUUUCACAGACAUUCACCAAAACAAGCAACAGAAACAGAAAUGGAACCCGGUCCUCAGAAACGCAUGUUUCUUCUGUUUAUAAGCAGAGAAAUGCAUUUAGAAAGAUUCAGUCGAGUUUUGUGUUGUCGGCUGUUAAAAACAACAUAAUUUGCUCAUUUUAAAAACAUUCCUUUGUUUUAGUGACAAAACUUGGAUUAUAUACAUUAAAGCAUCAGUUUUUGUUCUGUGUGAGUAACAGGAGGAUGACUUUCUGUUUCACUCCUGUAUGAAAUAUUUACCAGCUAAUAAUUUCAUUUAUUCCAUAGUUUAAAGCAUUAUCUUAUUAAGUGUUUAAUAUUUAAGAUCAUGUAUAUGAAUUUGAAGACAUAUGAAGUGUAUUAGGAAUAUUUUGUCAGAUAACGUGACAAACAGACAAUAGUCUGUGUACGAAAAAUUCAGUGGAAACAGGAGUUAUGCUCAGUUCCUGGAUGUAAAUCUGGUGCUCUACUGCACCAGAUUUACACCCAAAAAGUCAACCAGCAAGGUUUUAAAUCAAAUGCAUCGAUUAUGUAAAAUAUGUUAAUUGUCCUUUAAAAAUGAGAAAAUCAUAUUGUUUUCUCCCUAAAUCACUUAAUGUGCUUGAACUCAUGGGAUUUAUUUUUAGCUAAACAAACAAUAACACUUUUAUUUUGUUUUCUUCCCACAUAUAUUUUCUUGACAGCCUCUCCAAGGCUUUUCAUGUAUGGCAAGAAGCAGUGACUUGUGGUCCAAUCAGCUUGCCGUACACUGCGGUUUAUUUCAGGAAUGAGCAUCUUGGUGAUUUUUGCGAUUGCAUCUAUAACUUUUGUCAUAACUUUCAGGAAUGAGCUGUGAAAGGACUUCCUGAAUCUGUCAGCUGGUGCUUCCUGUUGCCUGCAGCUUAUUCCUGUUCUAACUUCUCUAAUCCAUCCCUGGUUCCUCUACUGGCCUGUUUGUGUCUGAAUGAACUGAACAAAACCAACUAACUCAUAGAGUCUACAAAUAAAGAAACAAACAGAUUAAUAAACUCAGAUUAUACAUUUAAAUUCACUCUAAAGUUUCCCAAACAGUAAAUGUGAAUCUUUUAAAGGACUCAAAUUGUGAGCAGUGACUCUGCAGAGUCUCUACAGCUUCAGGCUUCUCUGUGAUCUGAUUGGAGGAGCUUGAACCAAUCAGAUCGCUCUCAGUCAGAAAGGGGCGGAGCCUUUCAAAGAAACAAGAAGUUCCACCAACAUCUUCCCAGAAGCCCAGAGCAUCACAGACAGAGAGCAGCGCUGGAGCUCAGCAGGACAGCAGGAUGGAGGGAGUGAGUGAGGAUGAUCUCUGCUGGCUGCAGCUGGAUGACUUCAGGAUGCUGCUGAUUAAAACCAUCGACCCGUCCAGAAUCACUCCUUACCUCCGCCAGUGCCAGGUGAUCAGCGCUGAGGAUGAGGAGCAGCUCUUCAACGACCCCACCCUGGUCAUCCGCCGGAGGAAAGUCGGAGCGCUGCUGGACAUGCUGCAGCGGACCGGGAUGAAGGGCUACACGGCGUUCCUGGAGAGCCUGGAGCUGGACUACCCCCAGCUGUACAGCCGCAUCACGGGGAAGGAGCCCAACAAGACCUUCAGCAUCCUGAUCGACACGGCGGGAGAAUCGGGCCUGACCCAGUUCCUGAUGUCGGAGCUGAGCCGCCUGCAGAGGGUGCUGCAGGACGAGCGGAGGCGGCGCCAGCAGGCCUGCUCCGUGGCGCAGGAACAGGAGGCGUGGUCCCGGCAGCAGAAGCUGAAGGAGCGCGAGCUGAAGAAGCUGACUGAGCGCGUGCAGAAGCUGCGUGAGGAGCGCGAGCAGCUGACCGAGGAGCUGAAGAAGCUCCGCCUCCACAACUACAACCUGAUGGCCGACGUCACCAGCCUGACGCAGGACAAGAGCAACGCCCUGCUGGCCAACAGGGACCUGCAGAUAGAGGUGGAGCGUCUGAAGCACACGGUGCUGCGGGCGGAGAGCGAGACGCGGCUGCUGAAACGGAGGACCAUGAGGCCGUUGCAGCAGAGCAGAAUCCUGACUCCGCCCUCUGACGCCUUUCUUCAACUCAACGACCAGGAGGAGCAGCAGGAGGCGCCGCCUCAGGGGAAGCAGCAGCAGCAGCAGGAGGAGGAGGAGGAGAAGAAGCAGGACAGGAGGGAGGAGGUGCUGAAGGAGGGCCAGCGGCACGGCCGCGCGUCUCCACAGAUGAACCUCCUCACCACCGUGUUCAGACUGAGGAGGGAGCUGCACAAGGCCGAGGAGCAGAGGGCAAAGAGCGUGGAGGAGAAGGAGGAGCUGAGCCUCCGCUGCGCUCAGCUGAAAGGAGACGCCAAGAUGUACCGGCAGCAGAGCAAGCAGACGGUCCGGCAGCUGGAGGAGGUCAUCCGAGAGAGGGACAAGGCUCUGGUGGCGCAGGCGCAGCAGCAGGAGGAGGCGCGGCUCCACCUGCAGGAGAAGGACCGCUACAGGGAGCGCGUCCGGCAGCUGGCCGAGAAAACGGACAAGCUGGAGCUGCUGCUGCUGAGGUCACAGGGGGAGGAGCUCCAGCUGAGGACACGCCUCCGCAAGAUGACCUUCAACUCCCAGCAGUUUGAGAGCAACUUGAGCAGCGAGGAAGACGAGGCGAGCGAGAGCGCCACUAAAGGCAGCAGCGAGGAGGUUCCCAGCGGGACGUCGGGGGAGAACGAGGAGCCGGCCGCUCCACCGCAGGAACACGGCUCUCCAGCAGGGGGCCCCAGGGAGUCGGAGCACAGGCCCAACAAUGCUGCAUCAUGGGACGAGCAGCCGGACGGAGGAUUCUUCACGUUGAGCCGACCCAACUUCAGGAAGCGAGCCCUGAGGUCAAAGUUCCCCAGCGGAGAGUCGGUGGCCUGUAACGUGGGGGACAGCACCGGCAGCGAGUCGGACUGAGGUCGGUCCACUGGUCCUGGUCCAGCAGCAGACUCGGUUCUGACGAGGCUCCGGUUCGGUUCUGAAGACGAUUCACCACAACAAACUUCUGCUUCCUGAUCUUCGGCGUCGCUUCUUUUACGACUUCUGAAGCCUUUUCUGUUUCUCUUCAGAUAAAUAAAUGUUUCAUUUCUGAUUUAAAUAUUGGACCCGACCUCCAGACCAGAACCUUCAGGUUCUCACUGGGCUGCUCUUCGUUUACCUGCUGUCUUAAUAAAACUAAAUCAGUUGGGAAAACAA